AUGACUACUGAUGCAGACACCACGGAUCUGGCAGUCGAGACCGUCGAUCUACUCCUGCGAAGCAAAUACGACGAGACGGAGAAUCGCCUUGGACAUGCCCAAAUCUUACCGAAAUUCUGGGCGCGGUAUUUGGAUUACACCUUCGUCGUCAUCGAACAGGAUCAGGUGCUCACUUUUAAGGAAUGUCUCAACGGCGUCUUCUCGAACAUCCAAUUCACAAUGGAGGAGGGAGAGAGCAACCAGCUGGUCUUCCUUGAUGACCUUGUCGGUCGCAAAGAAUGUGGUGGCCUAAAGAUUAAAUCACCUCGUGAUGCUGAAACCAGAACUCGUCCGCUCUCCAAAAUUGAACAGGACCCAGACUCCAUUCUGCAGACAUUGACGGCCGAGUGUCAGCGACUCAAGAAUCUUAACCAUGAUUCUGCGAUCGUGGAGCAACCCAGUGCUUCGUUUGCCGCCACCAGCGUUCUUGCUAUUACUUAUACGAAGUCCAUGUCGCCAAAGAAGCCCAGAAACUCCACAUUCAGAAAACCUCCAUCAGCAUGCUGGUAG